AUGAAGCCCGUCGUCAGUGCUACGAACGCAUGGUCAUGCGUCGUUGUCUCUGUAUUCGGUAUUGUGAUUCUGAGCGCGAUCGCCGGCUUGUACAAAUCUGGCCAUGAGGAGUUCACCGGCAGCCUUGGGGAUCCUGAGGACGGCAAGGCUGUGGCUGGGACCAUCUUCACAGCCGUCAUCGUCUAUGCUGUUUUCCUCGUCUUUUGCGGUUUUCAGGGUUUCCUUCACGUUCGCGAGAGCCGAAAGGGCGCGAUUGCUCUGCAGUAG